GCGUCUCUCGUUACCAAGGGGAUUAGGCGGCGCCUGCGUAGGAAUGUCUCUAUUGUCCUGGGAGACUUGGCGCCUCAAGGAGUAACCUCUUCUAGGGACUAUUUCUCUGCUGAGAGGGAGAGCUGGGCGCAGCGUUACCCCAAGGGGUUGGGAGCAAGGAGGCUUCUGUGGGGAAGUGGGGCGGAGCUGCUGCAGGGGGCUAGCCCCUGCGUGUGAACGGGAGCGAGGGGAGGCUCGGGGCUUAGGUCGCGGGGGCGGGGGGGGGGGUUAAGUACAGUGCAGCAAGUCCUGCAGCCCCAGAGGGACCCACCUGAGGAUGGACAUAGGACCCCCAGACGUGCUGGAGCGCAAGGGGGCUUUGACUCUGCGCUCGCACUGCGCGCAAUAUGGGAGACCCACCCUAACGUACCGCUGGCACCAAAACAGAGAGGCUGAACCUAAAGAUUAUGAUAUCAAUGAAGUUCCUUUGGGUUCAAAGAAUUUAUGUCAAUCUACUUACUUGAGAUUUGGAUCUGCGGAUGGGACAUGGAUCACCACAUACCAGGAUCAUUUGUCUCAACCAUAUACAGAUAAAGGAUAUAUGGAUAUAGAGAUUCAUAAGUCCAUGCUGAAUGAAGAUAAUUUUGAAGAUGGUGUUAUUGACAGGGAGACUGGACUGCCCAAAACAGGAGUUGGAGCUGUUUUGCCAAGACACCCUUCAGAUCACUUUCGAAUGUAUCUGGAUACAACAUACCGUAUAGACUAUGUUCCUCCAUAUGAUUAUACGCCAUAUGCAGAGACCAGGAGGGACCAAGAUGCACCAGUGCUGGAGGUUCCUGCAGUUGGAGGCAAUUGUUUUUGUGAGACUGACCCAGAGAAUUCUAGCAAGUGAUCCAUGUCCCAGGCUGCAGAGAAAUGUGAAAAGCCUCAAGGUCCCUGCUAAUCUGACUUGGAGGAAAAUUCCUUCCUGACUUCAAAAAUGACAAUCAGUUUUGACCAUGAGAAUGUGAGCAAGACUCACCAACAGAGCAUCGGAGAAAGAGAAUUUUCUGUACCACCUGAAAGCACCAGCCCAGCCCAUCUGGUGUUCCAGCUCCAGCUGUGGCUAUCUCUGGUGCUUCAGAGGAAGGCAGAAGGGGAACAAAAAACAAACAGAAUAAAUAACACAUAAAUGAAUCUGUUCCCACUGGAGUGGAUGGCAAAACUCUCAUUGACCCAUUGAGAAGUAGGAGCAAGCCCAUAGACAAGUACUUUAGCUUGUUCGCAUUUUAUCAUCAUUGGAAACUAUUUUGCAACAUAUAUUUAUAAUAAAUGUAGAAACUUUUCACUUAGAAGUGAUAGAAAUCACAUUCUGAUAUAAAUAAAAAUUAAGGUAAAAUUUCUGGUUUUGUGCACCAAAAAUGGAAAAUUUAAUGGAGUACUUAACUUGGGGAAGGAAAAGAGGGUUCAUGUUAUGGUCUGGAUGCCUUAUUUUGUGUGCCAGUGACUUUGGUAGGAUGAGAAUCAUGGCCAUAUACUCUUUAAAUGGCAUAACUUAUUCUGUAAAGUGUUUGCACACAAAGGUCAAUUGUCAUUUGACUGAGUGUUUUGAUAGAUCACCCCUAGGAUGUUGGCUAUGCUUAACUGGCCAUUUUUCUUUCAUUAGAUAUAUAACAGUUUGCAUUACUGUAUUUGCCAAGAACAUAUUAACCUACAGUAGAAUGGUAUGUGAUAGUGAGGCAAUACCUGUACAGCUUAUGAAUUUUGAUUGAUAUUGUGAAGUUGUGUUAUGAAAAUUUGCUGUGUCUUGAGUGCUUAUAUGUGUGUUGGUCCACCAUUGCUGACAGGCCUUGUAGCAUGUAUGCAUCAGACUGAUACAAUACAAAGGUGCUUAGGACUUAAAGACCCAAUUCAGGUGCAAACAUCUGGGACAGUGGAUGAGCUGCAUCCUUAGAAAACAGUUUUAGCUGACUCCAGAAAGGAGGUAGGAAAGUAGGAGCAAUGGAAAGUUACCAGGAGUAGAACAAAAGAGACCAGCUGACCACGAGGAGUUUUAAAUAAAAAAAAAAUACAUAGGUAUAGCGGGAGUUAGGCAGAAAGAGGAAGGGUGGGGCAGGAGUGAGAAGUGUCACAGAAGCAUGAGGGAGAGACUAGCUAAUAUGCACCAGCUUGCAUUUGGUGGGAACUCUACCUGCCUCGAUCCAGCUAGUUUCCCAAGGACUCACAAAACCAGAGUGGACUAGAAAGUGAGGGUUAUUUGUGGUGUCAUCUGUUCAUUCUUUUGUACGAUCCAUACUCUCUAGUGCACGACACAAUUAAGUAUAAAAGAACAUAAAGCCAUAGGCGCAGACUCUGUCAGUGCUCCAGGGCUGGAGCACCCCUGACAAAAAAAAUAGUGGGUGUUCAGCACCCACCGGCGGCCCCGCAGAUCAGAUCCUCUCCCUUCCCCCUAGUGCCUCUCGCUUGCUGGUAGCCCUGCCAAUAAGCAUCUCCCCCCUCCCUCCCAGGG